AGAACUUAAUUAAGAGUUUUUUUUUUUUUUUAAAUCAUAAAAUGGAUACUGCCUAUAAAAUGAGUUGGCUUCCCCCAUUUGUCUUCAUUCACUCACUCUUUCCCUCUCAUUCUUUCUAGCAAAUUCUGAUUCCUGCUCUGCAAUGGCCAACACGGAGGCGGAGCUGAAGCAAAAGUUAAAGGAACUGAUCGAAAGUAUCGUUGACGGUGAUGAUUACGCCGUUCACACUGCGGACAAUGCUAUACGUGCUCUUUCUGCGCUCAAAGAUUUGAAAUGCCCCGCUUCUCCCAUUCCUCCACACUUUCGAUGCCCUCUCUCCGGUCACUUGAUGACAGAUCCUGUUAUCUUGGCCACUGGACAGACUUUUGAUCGUCCAUUAAUCCAGAGAUGGCUGAAUGAAAUCCUCCGAGUUUACCCUCAGAGCCAUGUUGUUCUCAAUCGCUGUUUGCUCGCUCCCAAUGUCUUGCUUCAAGGCAUGAUUUCAGAGUGGUGCAAAGACAAGGGAAUUUACCUGCCAAAGCCCGUUUUUGACGUUCACGACGAACAACUAACCGAGGCACACAGACACCGUUUGCAUCCUCUGCUCUUCAAGCUGUCACUGUCAGUCUCUGAGCAGAAAGAAGCUGCAAAGGAGCUUCGUGAGUUAGCAAAAAGAAUGUCCGUUCGAGCACUCUUUGGGACCAGACAAAUGAUUCAGCUUUUGUUGCGUCCGUUAUCAUCCGAAGCUCCUCUGGACCCUGAACUCCAAGAUGAUUUGGUCGCAGCUUUUCUGAACCUCUCAAUACUCGACUCGAACAAGAGGUUGUUGGCAGAAAACGAAAAAGUCAUUGCCUUUCUCAUUGAUUCGUUGAAAUCCGGAGCAGUUCAAACAAGAAGCAAUGCAGCUGCAGCUCUUUCCUCGAUGUCAUCUCUUGAUUCGAACAAGCACAUAAUUGGAAGGUCUGGAGCUAUAAAGUACUUGGUGGAUUUACUUGAAGAGGGAGACCAAUUAGCCAUGAGAGAUGCUGGAUCAGCCUUGUUCAGACUAUGCUGUGUUCGUGAAAAUAUAGUGAGGACCGUGCGAGAAGGGGCAGUGCAGAUUAUUCUUGGGAAGCUCGUCAACCAUAUUCUUGUUGAUGAUCUUGUUGAUGAGUUGUUAUCAAUGUUGGCACUUCUUGCUACACAUACUAUAGCACUUGAAGCGUUGGUGAAUCAUGGCGGUGUCCGUUUCUUGCUUGAUAUCUUGAGGAAGAGCACACAAGAGCGCGUCAAGGAAAACGCUGCAGUAAUUCUACAUCUAAUCUGUUUCCAUAAUAGAGAAAAAAGGAAGGAAAUUAAAGAGGAAGAACUGGCCAACGGCACAAUCUCAAAUGUUGUUCGAACCGGGUCCGCGACGGCUAGAAGGAAAGCUAAAUGCAUCUUUAACUGUCUUCGUAUAGGUAAGCCCACUUCUCAGAACACUCCAAAUCCAGAUCCAAACCCAAACCCAAAUCCGUGAGUUUCUUCUCUAAAAUUUCCAUCCCUUAUCUCACAUAGAAAUUUAGGUUUACCUAUAUGACUUUGAUUUCUUGUUCUGUACAGAAGAUCUCUGUAACUGUAUAGUGAAAAUAAGAAAAUAAGACUUCUGGGUACAGUAAUAUUGUAACAGCAGCUUCAUUAGCAAACAUGGAUGGAUUGAUUCAUAUAUGGUUUGGGCAUAUAUUACUGGAUUUUUUUAACACUCCUUACAUUGGUGUAUAAGUAAAUGAAUAUCGGAGAUGCCAAUAUGUUCUAGAUGGAUGUAAAACAAAGAUUCAUUUUUAACAUCAUGCAGCACAAGUUUCUGGCAUUGGAUCCGAUCCAAUCCAUCAUCCCAUUACCUACAGACUACAAUUUUGUACUACGAAUUGUACAUGGACCUAAAUUAAUUUAGAGACUCUAACAUCGAAACACUUGCAUGAGCGCUACCACUUCCAAACUCUACUUCAGUUUCGGAAGUUACACUUCACUAUGAUACAAAUUCACAUCCAGAUUCCAGUUGGUCAGACUCC